AUGGCCAAGGGACCCGAGCAGGGGGACGCCUUCCUGCACCUCCCGGCCGCGCAGGCGGCGCCCGCCGAGGCGCAGGAGGAGCGCUACGCGGGGCUGCUGGGGCCGAGCUCGCUGCCCUGCGCCCGGGAGGCGCUGCCCGAGCCGCCGCUGCCCGCCGGCGUCAAGGCAGAAACACGGCUCGGCAGCGAAACCCUCUCCUCGGAAGAAGAGGAUGCGGAUGCCCGCGACGGCGCGCUGACAGCCGCCGACCAAAGUCCGUGUUCGAAGAGGAGCAUCACGCAGAUCAUGAAGGACAAGAAGAAGCAGACGCAGCUCACCCUGCAAUGGCUGGAAGAAAACUACAUUGUAUGUGAAGGAGUUUGUUUACCAAGAUGCAUCCUUUAUGCACAUUAUUUAGACUUCUGCAGAAAAGAGAAGCUGGAACCUGCCUGUGCUGCAACUUUUGGGAAGACCAUUCGCCAGAAAUUCCCUCUCCUUACCACAAGGCGGCUCGGAACAAGGGGCCAUUCAAAAUAUCACUAUUAUGGAAUUGGCAUUAAAGAAAGCAGUGCAUAUUACCACUCUGUGUAUUCUGGAAAGGGCUUAACCAGGUUCUCUGGAAGUAAGCUAAAGAAUGAGGGUGGUUUUACUCGUAAAUAUUCUCUGAGUUCCAAAACUGGAACACUCCUCCCAGAGUUUCCAAGUGCUCAACAUCUUUUGCUUCAAGGGUGCAUUUCUAAAGACAAGGUAGAUACUCUUAUCAUGAUGUACAAAACACACUGUCAGUGUGUCCUUGACAAUGCAAUUAAUGGGAACUUUGAAGAGAUCCAGCAUUUCCUAUUACAUUUUUGGCAAGGAAUGCCUGACCAUCUUCUUCCUCUGCUUGAAAAUCCCAUCAUCAUUGACAUUUUCUGUGUCUGUGACUCAAUACUGUAUAAGGUUCUUACAGAUGUACUCAUCCCUGCAACAAUGCAAGAAAUGCCAGAAAGUUUACUGGCAGAUAUAAGAAGUUUUGCAAAAAACUGGGAACAGUGGGUUGCUUCCUCUUUGGAAAAUCUACCAGAAAGCCUGAUAGAUAAGAAAUUGCCUAUUGCACGAAGAUUUGUUUCCUCCCUGAAACGACAGACAUCAUUCCUACACCUAGCACAGAUUGCUCGGCCAGCUCUUUUUGAUCAGCACGUGGUGAAUUCCAUGGUGUCGGAUAUUGAAAAAGUCGAUUUGAAUAGUAUUGGUUCUCAGGCCCUCCUUGCAGUGUCAGGGAGCACAGACUCUGAUGGGGAAGUUUACAGUGAAUAUGACUCUAUUACAGUGUUCCAAGAACUGAAGGACCUCCUAAAGAAGAAUGCCACUGUGGAAUCAUUCAUUGAAUGGUUGGAUACUGUGGUUGAGCAAAGGGUUAUCAAGGCAAGCAAGCAAAAUGGGAGGUCUCUAAAGAAGAGAGCUCAGGACUUCCUUCUGAAAUGGAGCUUUUUCGGUGCUCGAGUCAUGCAUAACCUAACUCUAAACAAUGCAUCAAGUUUUGGUUCUUUUCAUUUGAUCCGCAUGUUACUAGAUGAGUACAUCCUGCUUGCCAUGGAGACACAGUUCAAUAAUGACAAAGAACAAGAGCUCCAGAAUCUACUGGACAAAUACAUGAAGAAUUUAGAUGCAAGCAAAGCCACCUUCACUGCAUCACCAAGCUCCUGCUUCCUAGCAAAUCGCAACAAAGCCACUCCUCUGCCCAGUGACACCUCAGUCAAAAACGAGUGCCUAGGAGAGCAAACCUACGUGUCCUUGUCAGCUGGCCAGCCCAGCAGUGCACCUUCUGGCCUCAACCCCUUCACCACAGGAGAUGGGGAGAGUAUGCAGCUGACAGAUCAAAUGGAGCUGUCUCAGAGCGCCGGUCACCUCAUGACUCCCCCCAUUUCACCAGCCAUGGCCAGCCGAGGAAGUGUGAUCAACCAGGGGCCAAUGGCUGUGAGACCUCCCAGUGUGGGUCCCAUGCUAUCGACACAUUCACAGUGCUCUUCCUACUCAGAACCCCUUUAUCAGACUCUGUCACAGACCAAUCAGAAUUACUAUGGAAACAAUUCCAAUUACCAGGCUAUGUUCAGGACACAGGCCCAUUCCACUUCAGGAGUUUACGACCACAGAGCAGAGCCCAGCCGAUUCAAUGCCUUGAGUGAACAGCAGUUCUCCAGAGACUACUUCAGUAACAGUUGUGCUGUGUCUCCCUACAAUGCCAGAUCCCCUUCCAGCUAUGGUCCCUCCAACAUGUCUCAGGACACACACAAUAUGCAGUUUCUGAAUAGCGGGAGCUUCAAUUUCUUGAACAACUCAGUGUCUACAUGUCCAGGAGCAGAUUAUCCUGCUAACGCUUCCAACGGAUAUUAUGGAAACAGCAUAAACUAUUCAGAAUCUCACAGACUUGGAACAAUGGUGGACCAACACGUUUCUGUAAUCAGCAGUGUCAGCAGCAUUCGGCCUCUGCCAUCCUACAGUGAUGUACAUGAUCCACUGAAUAUCUUGGAUGACAGCAGAAGAAAACAAACGGGCUCCUACUACUCAGAGUCCUCACCUUCUAUUGCCUGUCGGACCCCUAUGCCUUCAAACUUGCAAACCACACCUUCGUCGCAGUGUAUGUAUGGGACAUCUGGUCAGUUCCCUUCCCAGGAAACUCUGGAGGUCCGUGCCCCACCAAACAGAGAUAUGGUACCAUCUUUACCACCAAUCAACACUGUCUUCAUGGGAGCAGCUGCUGGAGGAACCUGA